CCGCCAUGAGUACAAAACAGCAAUUUUACAACUUCUUGGUGUUAUAUAUCAGACAGUUUGGCGAUGCCCUGCUAUACUCACGUUUCAUUAAAGCAAUCAAUUCGUUAACCUCUUCAGACCAAAUGUCUUAUCUCACCGAGUCUUUCAGUUAAAGCGAACAGCAAGAAUUCCUGUUGCUGCUGUCGUGCCUGUAAACUGUAGGUCGAAUCAGGUGGACAGAAACGUGGGAUUAUUACAUCUGUAAUGUUGAGUUUACCCAUCCCUACUACUUUCAAACCCCACUGUCUAAGAGUAAUGAACAUUUGUAUGUGAGACACAGGAUCAACAUGACUCCACAUACUCCUGUAUUCAGUCCCGGUUCUUUAAAAGCACUGAUGGGUUUUCAGCCAAAUGCACAUCUCCUCAUCCACUGCAGUGUCUCACGUGAUAGAUCGAUGCUAUUAGAUUGUUAAUACAGGUACAAUACUGUCUAAGCUGUUGCCGUUGUAGCUGCUCAUCGAUUGAUGGGAAAACAUCCUGCUGCACAAACUUACAAGUGUGUUUUGGUCUUGUUGAUGUUUAAAAAAAAUCGAAUCAAAUACUUUUUUAUCUUCCUCUAUAGUGCUCAAACUCUUAAUUUUUUUUAAAUUAACUGUGACAUGAAACUCCCAGGUGUCAGCAGUGAAUAUUUAGCAAUUAACCAUACAAUAUAUAUUUAUAAUUAAUAGUUUUCCAAUAGAUCAGGUGGAACAAAAAGUAUCCCUCUGAGUAAAAUAAAAAAAGCCAAAAACAGAGGACACCUAUCAGCUAUCAGACCUCCUGCCUUUUCCUAAGUUCAAGCGACCUGCCAAGGUCAGGUUUGAAAUGAUAAAAUAGUCAAGACUGAAGCAUCAAAGGGGGAGAUAUUCUGACCUGUAAUGUAUGUAAGGGGCUGCCAGUAAAUAAAUAGAUAACUGAAAAACGUGUCAGUGUGAGGAGCUAUUUCUGCCCCACUUGGUUCCUGUAGCAUAUCUCAUUAAUUCCCCCACAGAAACAGAAAAUUACAUAAAUGAGAUGUUUUUAUAAUUACAUUCAGAUUUUGUAAUUAAAAUCUUGUAUAUUCAAGAUAUCUGGUUCUUUAUUAAAAAGCGACAGUCCACAUAUUAGCAGCAAAAGUCUCUAUGUGUCUUAAGGAACACUGAAGACCCAGCCAGAUGACAUCACAGUGACGUCACGGGGUUAUAUUGUUCAUACCUGGUAAAACGCCGCGCAGACUAGGAGCCGUAGCUGAGUGUCACUUUAAAUAAUCCUUCUCUGACUCGAUAAUUAGAUGCGUUAACGUCGUCGCCUUAUUACAUAAUACCAGUCCCUGAGAGCGCGCCUGCGCCUCCACCUAGAGACCAAAGCAGGAACUGCAGGCACGACUUGCCUCUGAAUCAGCCCCUCAUCACAGAAUGAUGUGGCAGCCUUCAGUGAUGAAGAACAGCCCCCCUCACCGAGUCGUGAUGAGGUGAACCGGCGGGGAGAGAGAGAGAAAGACAGAGAGAGAGAAAGAGCGAGCAAGCAUCAGCACCGACUGAGACUCAUCCCCUCGUCCCCCCACUGACGCCCACACUUCCGGACUGGACCCUCUGGAGGCGGCUGGGUCGGGAUGCAUGCGUCUCCCAGUGCUGCUUGAGAUGUGGAUAAGACGACGACGGUGAAAAGGCGACGUGCUCGUUACCUUCCAUUAAACCUCCUCGCUGCAGAUCUGAACGCUGAACUAAUCAAUUAUCGGCGGCCAACUCGCCCAUCACUCACAGGGGGAUUCAGGCUUUGGCCACACUGUCUGUCUGCCGUCAACUGUUGCCUAUUUCCUCUGUAAAUGAAUCUUGUAAGGUAUAUGAACAAUCGUGUUCCUCCUAACAAGAGAUACCAGCCCACCGAAUAUGAGCAUGCUGCCAAUUGUGCCACGCAUGCGUUGUGGAUAAUCCCCAGCCUGCUGGGAAGCUCAGUGUUGCACUUCCAGUCAGAGGACCAAUGGGAGCGGCUGUCAGCCUGGGUGUAUGGGGCGGGGCUCAGCUCACUCUUCAUCAUCUCCACCCUCUUCCACACUGUGGCCUGGAAGAAGAGCCACUUACGGUCUGUGGAGCAGUGUUUUCACAUGUGUGACAGGAUGGUGAUCUAUUUCUUCAUCGCUGCUUCCUACGCCCCUUGGCUAAACCUGCGAGAGCUGGGUCCCUGGGCGUGUCACAUGCGCUGGUUAGUUUGGGUCAUGGCGUCUUUUGGAACCACCUACGUCUUCUUCUUCCAUGAGAGGUAUAAGCUCAUGGAGUUGAUCUGCUACACAGUGAUGGGAGUUUUUCCUGCCCUGGUCAUCCUCUCAAUGCCGGAGCAGUCCGGGUUGUGUGAGCUGCUGGUCGGCGGGGCCUGCUACUGUUUGGGGAUAGUCUUCUUCAAAAGUGACGGCAUUGUCCCAUUCGCUCACGCUAUUUGGCACAUGUUUGUAGCUAUGGGAGCAGCCAUACAUUACUACGCCAUCUGGAAGUACCUCUACGCCCAGCCACCCAACCACCAGGUCCACACCUCCAGAUGACAUCAGCACUGACCUCACAGGAAGUAACUCCUGUUUUUGAGCGGAUACGAGGGGCUGUCCACAUUCAGGGGCUGCCUCAUGUUGAAGGUGGGGGG